AUGGGAGAUCACAAACCUCAAGAAGAAUUUAAGAAUAUAAGAAAAAAAUGGCUCAGCAACAACCGUUUGUUCUAUUCUUUAGUUUACUCUUUAAUUUUUACGAACAAAGAAAUGACACGUAGACCAAAGAAAGAAGCGAGUAUGUUCGACGCAAAGGACUCUCCGAAUCGAUUAGUCUGUGACGACAUUCCUGCCGACAAACUUCCGAAUAGUCUUUGCACAAUAUAUAUCUCUACAAACAAGUCAGUUGAGCUUGAGAUCUUCCGAGGGGAGACUGUCUUAUUGAAAGGGAAGAGACGUAAAGAGACAGUCUGUUUAGUAGAAGUCUUAGACGAGUAUGAUGACCAUCGGAUGAUGACAUCCCGUGUGACUCGUAAGAAUUUGCAUGUCAAAUUGGGUGACAUAAUAACUAUUCACAAAGCGGAAGAUAUCCCAAAUGCUCAAGCGAUUCAUGUCUUGCCAUAUGGUGAUACUAUUGAAGGCCUCACUGGGUCCUUAUUUGAGCCAUAUUUGAAGCCUUAUUUUAAUAACGGAUACCUUCCAGUGACUCAAGGCGAUUGCAUUCAGUGUCAUGGCGGUAUGCGUACCGUCGAGUUUAAAGUCGUCGAAGUGACACCCGGCCCUUAUUGUUUAGUGACUGAAGAGACACAAAUCCACUGUGAAGGAGAUCCUUUAGAGCGAGAAGAUGAUGAAGGAGUCAAUGACAUUGGAUACGAUGACAUCGGUGGGUGCAGAAAACAGUUGAAUCAAAUUCGGGAGAUGGUGGAGUUACCUUUAAGACAUCCACAACUCUUCAAGAACAUUGGGAUUAAACCGCCCCGUGGAGUCUUAAUGUAUGGUCCACCGGGAUGUGGGAAGACGAUGAUAGCUCGCGCAAUUGCUAAUGAGACUGGAGCGUUCUUCUUCUUGAUUAAUGGUCCUGAGAUCAUGAGUAAAAUGGCUGGAGACUCGGAGAGUAAUUUAAGACGAGCGUUUGCUGAAGCCGAGAAGAAUGCGCCUGCUAUUAUAUUUAUUGAUGAAAUUGAUUCAAUAGCACCAAAGAGAGAUAAGACGGGAGGAGAAGUCGAGAGAAGAGUUGUCUCGCAAUUACUGACACUGAUGGACGGACUGAAGUCUCGAGCACAAGUUGUUGUGAUAGCAGCGACGAAUCGCCCCAACACCAUUGAUACUGCUUUACGAAGAUUUGGUCGAUUUGAUCGAGAAAUUGAUUUGGGUAUUCCCGAUGAAGAAGGCCGUCUUGAGAUCUUGAACAUCCACACAAAGAAGAUGAAGAUGUCUGAAGACGUUGAUUUGAAGCAAUUAGCGUCGGAGACUCAUGGGAUGGUCGGUGCUGAUAUCGCGCAAUUGUGUACAGAAGCAGCUAUGAUGUGUGUUAGAGAGAAGAUUGAUCAAAUUGAUUGGGACGAUGACACGUUAGAUGCGGGCUUAGUUAAUAGUCUUCAAGUCACUAUGGCGCAUUUCAGAGCGGCGCAACAGAAAUCGAAUCCGGCGUCAUUGCGUGAUGUAGUUGUUGAGAUACCAAAUGUGAAAUGGGAAGACAUUGGAGGGCUGGAGCAGACAAAACAGGAGUUAAAGGAAAUUGUCCAAUGGCCUGUCCAACACCCCGAGUUGUUUGCGGAGUAUGGGCAACCCCCAUCGCGUGGUGUAUUGUUCUAUGGUCCACCGGGAUGUGGAAAGACUAUGAUGGCAAAGGCUGUUGCGAAUGAGUGUCAGUCCAACUUUGUUUCGAUUAAAGGGCCUGAGUUACUCACGAUGUGGUUUGGUGAGUCUGAAGCGAAUGUUAGAAAUAUCUUUGAUAAGGCAAGAGGAGCUGCGCCAUGUGUCUUAUUCUUCGAUGA